AUGUCCACCCCCGGCCCCGUACAGUAUGAACAGCAAGUCUACCAAGCUGGCCUCACUUCCCACAAACCUCCCUUCACCUUCCAAUCCACUGAAUGGGAAGGUAAGGCCCACGAGGUCCUAGACUCGAACAGCUGGGGUUACGUCCAUGGUAACGCUGGCACCAGCGGUACCUACAACAACAAUCUCGAGUCUUUCAAGCGUUAUGCGCUUUGCCCCAGUCGCCUUGUGCCUUCGCGCAAGGAUACAAUCGGCAAUGAGCUCUAUCCAGAUACCAGCGUUGAGGUUUUGGGUCAGAAGCUUCCGUUUCCCAUGGCCAUUGCACCUAUUGGCGUACAGAAGAUUUUUCACCCUGAAGGUGAAGUCGCAGCCACCAAAGCCGCGGCCGAAACUGGUAUUCCUUACAUCCUGUCCACGGCAUCGAGCACUUCGAUUGAAGAUGUCGCUGCGGCGAACGACUCGGGAGCUAGACCAAGUGCGCCCGCGCCCGUCCGGUGGUACCAGCUAUACUGGCCAAGCAGAGAGCAUGACGAUAUAACACUGAGUUUGUUGAAGCGCGCCCAAGACAGCGGCUACAAAGCAUUGUUUGUGACGCUGGAUACAUAUGUUCUCGGCUGGAGGCCUUCGGACAUGGACCACGGGUACAAUCCUUUCAUCCACCCCGAUCGCAUUGGCGUCGAGAUUGGAUUCACAGAUCCGGUAUUCCAGCGAAGAUUCAAGGAGAAGCAUGGGCACGACAUCAGUAGGGGCUACCUGGACGAGUACGGCAUCACGAAAGGCGCUACAUUCGGCGAUGCAGCAAAGGAGUGGACCCAAAUUGUUUUCCCUGGCCACAGCCACACUUGGGAAGAUGUCAAAUUCCUGCAACAGCAUUGGGAUGGUCCUAUUGUGCUUAAGGGCAUCCAAACCGUCGCUGACGCUCGCAAGGCGGCAGAACUAGGAUUAGCUGGUAUUGUGGUCAGCAAUCAUGGCGGUCGCCAGCAAGAUGGCGCUAUUGCAUCUCUAACAAUGUUGCCACAUAUCGUUGAUGCUGUUGGUGACAAGCUGGAUAUUUUCUUCGACAGCGGCAUUCGGUGUGGAUCGGAUAUCAUCAAGGCGCUCGCUUUGGGUGCCAAGUGCGUGCUUGUUGGCAGACCGUAUGCAUAUGGCCUUGCUAUUGGAGGACAGGACGGCGUCAAACAUGUUCUGAACAGUUUGAUGGGUGAUACCAUCAUGAACAUGCAUCUAGGUGGUCUGAGAGGUCUUUCCGAAUUGCAAAGGGAUAUUCUUGUCAAGGACAACACGAUGUAA